CGGUGGUGAGCGGGAGGCCAGCAUGGCGGCGGCGGCGGAAGGGCCGGUGGCGCGGUUCGAGCACAUGGGGCUGGACCCGCGGCUCCUGCGGGCGGUGGCGGAGCUGGGCUGGGGCUCCCCCACGUCCAUCCAGGCCGAGGCCAUUCCGCUGGCGCUGGAGGGCCGGGACCUGCUGGUGCGCGCCAGGACCGGGUCCGGCAAAACGGGGGCCUACGGACUGGGGGUGCUGCAGCGGCUGCUGAGCGCCAGGGAGGUGAGCGGGGAGCGGGGG